CAUGACGCUAUGCAGUGCACUAGUAUCACGAAGUGACGUUAGUAUGUUGUGAAGUGGCAUGAUAAAUAGACGUAAAUUAAUUUAAAAAAGAAACGUAUUGAGUACGCUAUAAGAUAUUGGAGGAAUUAACUUAUUUUUCCGUUUAUACAUAACCAAUUAUCAUAAUGCUAAAUCCAAUGAAACUAGUAUUACCAAAUAUUAAGCGGCCGACAGUAUUCGAACAGGUUAAAUAUUUAUCACAAGUGUUGCCACAAUUAAGUGCAGACAAGUACAACGUCAGACGGAAAGCAUUCGCUUCAAUACAAGCACGUGACGUUGAUUACUUCAAAUCGGUACUUGGCGAAGAGAGGGUACUUACAGAUGAAGCCGAUGUUUUACCAUUCAACAUCGAUUGGAUAAAAAAUUGUAGAGGUCAAUCAUCAGUAGUAUUAAAACCAAAAACAACCCAAGAAGUUUCGAAUAUUUUGUCAUAUUGUAAUCAGAGAAAACUAGCGGUAUGUCCUCAAGGGGGAAAUACCGGACUUGUAGGCGGUUCUGUGCCAGUGUUCGAUGAAAUAGUAAUCAACUUCAUGCUAAUGAAUAAAAUCAUUAGUUUAGACGACGUUUCAGGAGCUUUGACAUGCGAAGCGGGAUGUAUUUUAGAAAACUUGGACAACUAUGCGCGUGAGCACAACCUUAUUAUGCCCUUGGAUCUUGGUGCUAAGGGAACUUGCCACAUCGGCGGGAAUGUGAGCACUAAUGCUGGCGGUGUUCGGUUGCUGCGCUAUGGAAAUCUUCACGGGUCGAUAUUGGGAGUUGAAGCCGUAAAAGCCGAUGGAACUAUAAUAGAUUGUUUAAAAGCUCUCAAAAAGGACAACACCGGUUAUCACCUUAAACAUUUAUUUAUAGGAUCUGAAGGUACCUUAGGACUCGUAACAAAAGUGGCUAUUCACUGUCCCGUUAAACCCAAAGCCGUUACUGUAGGCUUUUUUGGUGUUGAAAAUUUUGAUAACAUUCUUCAAUUAUAUAAAAGUGCUAAAUCUUCUUUGGGCGAAAUAUUAUCAGCUUUUGAAAUGGCAGACAACGGAGCGAUUAGUACCACAUCAAAAAAUCUGAAGCUCCCAAAUCCAAUAUCAGAUUAUCCAUUUUACGUACUAGUUGAAACUCAAGGAAGCAAUGAAGUCCACGAUGAGGAGAAGCUAACAAAAUUCCUGUCAAAAGAGAUGGAAAGUGGCCUGAUAUUAGAUGGAACAGUCACUUCAGAGCCAGCAAAGAUGAAUACAAUUUGGACGUUACGGGAGAGCAUAUCUGGAGCCGGACUUGCUCGUGGCUACGUAUUUAAGUACGAUGUUUCGCUGCCGCAACAAAAUUACUAUGAUUUAGUCCCAAUACUAAGAGAGAGGCUGGGCGAUAAAGCAAUUGGAGUCUAUGGAUAUGGGCAUAUUGGUGAUGGCAACAUACACAUCAAUAUCACAGUGCCAGAGUACUCUAAAGAAAUAGCAUCUCUUAUGGAACCUUUCAUAUUUGAAGAAGUCGCCAAGCUGAAAGGGUCUAUAAGCGCUGAACAUGGCAUUGGUUUCCGGAAACCACAGUACAUGCAUUACAGCAAAGAUGAGUCGUCACUGCAGAUGAUGCGAGAUUUGAAAAAUUUGAUGGACCCAAAUGGAAUCCUUAACCCAUAUAAAGUGUUACCUGAAGUAAAUGUAUAAUUUUUUUAAAGUAUUAAAUUAAUAAGCUAUUUUGCAGAAAUUAGAUAACCGUCUAGCAUGUGAUAUGCUUAUCGCUUCAUGCAUCGGAGAAGUCCAUCAUUAAUGCGUUGUAAAAUAUUUAAAAUUACAUUAAAAUAGUAAAUUGUAUAUCAAUUCACCGACACGUUUGAUCUUCUUAAAUAAGGCGGGAUUGUCUCUUUUCUGAUUGCAAUUUUUUACCGUUAUUUCUUCUAUACUCUAUUUUCGUAUAAAAACUUAAUAUUAGAGGGUGAAAUUUUAAUAAUAAAACAAUCUUAUUAUUUAAA